ACUUGGCCAAGGCUGAAGGACCUCCUUAGGCUUUGCUGCUGAGGAAAUGAAGGGGCUGUCCAGGCCAGGCCUCCUGUUUGUCUGGAGGGGAAAGAAAACACCCUGUCCAAACAGAGGCAUCCUGGGAGGUGGCUGCUUGAUGGCUGUGCUGACAGAUGUCAGGAUUCUAAGAUGUGACAGCCUCAACGCCUGGAUACUCCCUUCACAUCGCGGCCAGCAGCUCUGCGGGUUGGGUGGUUUCCAGCCGAGUCUGGAGACAGCCCAAGUCUGUAGCACCUCCCUUUGGGCCCAGCCCGAGGGAGGGAAAGGGGCGUGUGUUCCUUUAAGGGGCUGGCCCGCCGGGAGCGCGGGGAUUUGUCCGCUGCCGCUUCCUUUCUGGCCAUUCAAGAUCCCUAAAUCCGCCUGCUUCCUCGGACCCUGUCAGCCCGCAGCCUGGAGCGCUCGAGCCAUCGAGGAGCCGCCUGGGGACGUUUGCCCCAGCCCCCAGCCUUCCCCGACGCCUGGGCUCUGCCACGUGCGGGACGCCAUGGGCCUGCUGCCGCUGGGCCUGCUGCUCUCGCUGUGCUGCGUCUCGGGCCUGCCCUUCUACAACGGCUUCUACUACUCCAAUAGUCCCCACGGCUGGAACCCGGGCAAGGGCCACGGCGAAGGCAUCUUCAAUGGAGUGAAGCUGGUGGUAGAGACGCCUGAGGAGAUCCUGUUCUCCUACCGUGGGGCCAACGUGACCCUGCCCUGCCGCUACCACUACGAGCCGGCCGUGGUCUCUCCUCGGCCCGUACGCAUCAAAUGGUGGAAACUGUCGGAGAAUGGGGCCCCGGAGCAGGACGUGCUGGUGGCUAUUGGGCUGAGGCACCGUGCCUUCGGAGACUACCGAGGCCGGGUGCAUCUGUGGCAGGAGAGGGAGCGUGAAGUGUCACUGGAGAUCCGGGACCUGAGGCUGGAGGACUAUGGGCGCUACCGCUGCGAGGUCAUUGAUGGGCUGGAGGAUGAAAGUGGCCUGGUGGAGCUGGAGCUGCGGGGUGUGGUCUUCCCUUACCAGCACCCCCAAGGGCGCUACCAGUUCAACUUCCACGAGGCCCAGUGGGCCUGCGAGGAACAGGACGCGGUGGUGGCCUCCUUUGAGCAGCUGUUCCGGGCCUGGGAGGAAGGCCUGGACUGGUGCAACGCAGGCUGGCUGCAGGACGCCUCUGUGCAGUACCCCAUCACGCAGGCCCGCCACCCCUGCGGUGGCGUGGGCCUGGCACCUGGUGUGCGCAGCUACGGCCCACGCCACCGCCGCCUGCACCGCUAUGAUGUGUUCUGCUUUGCUGCUGCCCUCAGGGGGCAGGUGUACUACCUGGAGCACCCUGAGAAGCUGACACUGGCAGAGGCAAAGGAGGCCUGCCAGGAAGACGGUGCCCAGAUCGCCAAGGUGGGCCAGCUCUUUGCCGCCUGGAAGUUCCACGGUCUGGACCGUUGCGACGCUGGUUGGCUGGCAGAUGGCAGUGCCCGCUACCCUGUGGCUCACCCACGUCGCAACUGUGGGUCCCUGGAGCCUGGGGUCCGAAGCUUCGGUUUCCCAGACCCACACAGCCGCAAGUAUGGCGUCUAUUGCUACCGGCCACGCUAGCGCCGGGCUCCAGCUCUGUACUCACACCUACCCCAUCCCCUCAUGGGCUGUAUUUAUUGAGUAGUUCAUUUUCCCUUGCAGGUUGGGGCAAUUUUCAUUUUGUUUUUAUACUUUUCAACUUAAAAUUUUUUUAAAUACUAUUUUUUUUGUAAAUCCCACAGAUCCUAGAUCUUCCCUUUACUCAGGUAGACACUCCAAGGCUCUCCCCCUCCACGAAUCCUCCUGCCCCUCUCCUCCAGGACACUUGAGGUUCAUGGGCUCAUGAGGGUGCUCUCUGCCAUUGCUGAGUCCAGCCCCUUUUCCCUGCCCCUGGGAGGCUGGCGCCCAGAGCUGGCAGUGGCAUGAGAUGCCAGGGCGUGUUGGCUGCAAUCCUCCCUCCGCCUCAGCCUGAGGGAGGAGAGGGCAUCCAGGGCGGCUGUGGAGCUGGGCUUUGGGCCUUGCAGCCUCCUGCCCCCUCGUACUUCUUUGGCAAGCAGUUGGCCCACAUCAGCAUGGCGGAGGAGCUAGGGCUGGAAGUGGGUCCCUGGGCUUCUGUGUGACAUCCCAGGGAAGAGAGAGACUUUCCUCCCCAUCUUUUCCUUUUCUUAGUUCCAAAUAGUCCAUAUUUUGUUCUCAUUUUUCCCUAUUUGGGGAGCAGCCCUCAGGUGUGUGUACUUUUUUUGGACAAUAAAUGGUGCUGUGACCCCUUCCUCCACCCCGAGUCCCUGCUCUGGGUCUCACUCUUUAUCUCAUUCAGUCUUAGGGCCCAGCUCCCUGCCCGGUGGGAAUGGGGGACCAUUCUGUCCCAGACUUCAAAGGUCGACUGGGUCUGUCCACUGGAGUGGGUGGGAAACACCAUGGGCUGCACCUUUGGGCUGCCGUGGUCUGGCCUUGCCUGCCCUGGGGACACCCUGCCUCGGGGGCUGGCCUAGCAGCUGGAGGUGCUGGCUCGCUCUCCCACCAUCCCACUCCCGGCUGUGAGUCUGUGCGGACACAGCACAAGAGUGGGAGGUACCUCUCGGGAGACCAGAGGAAGCUGUGCCCUGCAGAGGAUCUUGGAGACCAGCCCUCUCUGUGCCUCACCUUCUGUCCCCACCGCCCCCCAUGUCAGCCUCAGGAAACCAGACCAUUUGCCUCUGCACAGGCACACCUCUGUCACCCACAAUCAGUAACUCACUCUAUCCUUCACGUAGCCCAGUGCUUCUCAAAGUGUGGCCAGCACCACCAGCUUCACCUGGGAACGUGUUCGAAAUGCAAAUUUCUGGACCCCACCCCUGACCUGCUGAGUCAGAAACUCUGGAGUGGGACCCAGCACAAGCCCUCUCGUUGCUGAUGCAGGCUCAAGGUUGAAAACUACUGACACAGUCGUGUUCCCAAUGAUUCAGUUAAUUAAUCAAUAAACUGCAUGAUUAUUGCGUUCCUCC